AAGAGAAUAAAUGCAACCUAUCUUUUCCUAGGAAUUAAAAUGUCAUCUUGGGUUAAAGUUAACAGGAGUCAAGUUCAGAAACCUGUUGCAGAUAAAAGGCAUAGACCCGGAUGGAUUCCACGCCUUCUGGAUAUAAAUCCUUACAGACCCUACCAGAAAAGUCCGUAUUCUCCCCAAGAUGGUUAUUCAAAGGACUUUGAAGACCUGAAUAGUUUUGAAGAGCUAUUUGGACAACAGUAUGACUAUUCAACAGGGAAUGAAGAUUACUAUGAGAGAUAUCAGUAUUCCCAAAAAGCAGGUCCCAGUCUGCAUGAGACCCCAGGGAUCCCCAGAAGACAAGAGUCAGCAGUGGCAGCCCAGCAGCCAGGUUCUUCCAGGCGACAGGAUCUGGAGCAUGAAUCUUCAGCAAUGGAAGCUGGCCCAACCACCCCUUGCUCCCGGGACAAGUGGAGAACAGCAAGUGCUACAAGUGUGGCUCCCCCGGCUGGGGUAUCUCCUUUGCCGGUAGUGGAGGAUGACUAUACCAGGGAUGGUCGCAGGGAGAAGCUAUACAUGCAGUUUUACCAGCAGAUACAAAAAGAGUAUGAUAAAGAAAGACCUUCUGACUGUAUCAUUGUAGCCAUCAGCAAGGAACAAACGGAAUAUGCAACAGUCAUAGGCCAUCGGUUGCAGGAUCAUGGCCUUGUGGUGGAAAUGAUAUACCUUACAUCUGAGUUGGGUCUCACACGCGCCCUCCAAGAAGUUAAAAAUGAUGGUUCCCCAUUUUGUAUUCUUGUUGAACAGUCAAAUGUAGCACUUUCCUCUUGCACCGUAAUCAUGCUUCAUGAGUCUAUCAAAAUACACCGUAAUAUGCCCAUGGAGGAUGCAUUGGCUCUCGUAGUUAAAGCAUUUGGGAAAAUUUUUGCUGAGCGUGAGCAGCAGGAGCGUACCGCAGUUUCACACAAAGCAGCUGAUCUGGCGGAUGACUACAUAGAACGGGAGCUCAAUGGGAGUUACAGUGUGCCUCUAGCCAUUAGACAUCUCCUCUUUCUGUUAAGUGAGGGAAAAUAUUUAUAUCGUGAGGAGUUGAACUCAGUAAGUGACUACCUGAAGACGAGGAAAGAUGAGCUUGAAGCCCUUGUUGAACGAAGUGAUCCUUCAACUCAAGUUGAAGACUCAUUGUAUCAAGGAAACAUGAUGCCAAGUACAAGCACUGCCACACAUACCUUAAGUAAACCUCCACCUCUUCUGCCAACACCCAACAGGAAUGUUCUUUUAGGCCAGUCGCUCCUUUCUCCAGCUAAACCUUCAUUGUUGGGUGAUAGGCCGUCAGGAGCUCUUCUUCCAACACCGGGGAUAUCCAGUGCAAAGGGUAAACCUCCACCUCUUCUAGCAGCACCUGCUAAAAGACCUGGUCUUCUAGGAUACUCUCCGCAUCUGCCUGCAAAACGGCCACUGCUUGGGGAAAAACCUGGCCUUUUGCCAACACCUGCUGUUCAUGUUAAACCUGUGCAGCACCAACGGGCAACUAAACCAAAGCCUUUGCUUAACUGAGAAGACAUCAGAGAAGCCAUGACUAAUAAUGGAACACACUAAACAUGAUGGUGGCAUUCCUCUUCCAAGAUGGCAGAGAGCAUGAAAAACUUGUAUUGCUAGUGUCUGUACACCCAGAGAAACUUCAAUGUAUCUCAUUUUCUGUUAUACACAUUCCUAUGGGAACUUUUUUAAAUUUCAGGAGGCUCUUCUGUUCAAACACAAUAUGUAUUUGUGGAAAGUCAGUGUUGUAGAUUCAUGAUCGUAUAAAUUAGAAGUUGUUUAAAUAAAUAUUGUCACAAAAUAAACUACUUGUUUUAUACAACUCA